AUGAAUCUUGCAAUUUCAGCAUGGACUAUGGAUGUUCGUGCAAAUACAAUUGCGAACUGCUUUCGCCAUUGUAAACUUCGAUCAACAGAUAACAUGACUUUUGAGAACUCAGAUGAAGGUAGUGAAAGCACUCAAGAACUCCAGAAUUUGAUCAAAGAGUUGGGUUAUCGCAAUGCAAUGGAUGUCGAAGAUGUUCUAACUCACCCAGAAGAAAAUGUAGUUGCACAGUUGUUGACUGAUGAAGAAAUUAUUGAAAGCGUUAUUGGAAUUAAUAAAGAUGAUAUCGAUGAAGAAGAUGAUGAAAGUUCUACAAUGGAGCCCCCUUCGCGAAACGAAGCUAUUAAAGUGGCAAUCACAUUGAACAGUUUCUUGUUGAGCUAUGAGAAAACAACACUAGAAGUUCUUACCAUGCUAAGGAAAAUUAGAGACGAGAUUCAAGGUCCAACAAUAUCAAUCCCGAACAAUCUUGGCGUACCCAUUGGACAAACAAAGUACUCCGAGAGUAACCCGAGUCCACCACAAAUUCCGAAGAAACCUAAUAACCCACCCGCCCGUAGGCACGUCGGUGAAAUUACUAAUAAAACCUGUUUGCCUCAAAGAUCCAACCCAGGUUUCCCUAGGUCUCCUAUCAUUGCCCACUAG